UUUAUUUUAAUUAUUGAUUAGAAAAAAAUAUAAUGGAAAAAUUUCUGUUGUGUUAAUGUAAAAUGCAAUCCAAAUUCCGAAUCUCAAAUUUAUUAGAUCACUCUACUAAGCGGGGUCGGUUUAACAACAAUGCACUAAACUAGCCCAAGGAAAAGAUUAUUUGGAUGCUUUCCUUCUUCCCUGUGCCUGUUUCUCUCUUUCUUCGGGUCAGAAACGCAGAAAAAUAUUCUGUUCGAUCGCUAUAAAAGGUAUAUAUAAACAGAGCAAACUGAGACACAACUAACGUUUGAGCCCCUCUUUGUAAGUACACACUUCAAUCUAUCUGCCAAAACAUGACUCAGACAGACAGCAAAUGUGAGCAUAUCACCGUUCACACUGUCACUCAGACUUCUCCAUGUCCUAUACUCUCAUGUGUAGAGAAAGCACCUAAAUAUGCUCAUGUUUCACUUAUACCAGUUGCUGAUUCACAUCAAAGUUCAUGCAAUCAACCAUCAGCAUCUGGGGUCUUGCAAGAUGUACACAUAUCGCCGCUGUUGAUGGAGGAUUUUCUUGAACUUGCUAGAGAAAACACAGAGAAGGAUCUUGAAACAUGUGGGGUUCUUGGUGCUUUCCUUGAGCAUGGAACCUAUUAUGUCACCACUCUAAUAAUACCAAAACAAGAAUCAAGUUCCUCUUCUUGCGAGGCUUUAAAAGAGGAGGAGUUUUUUGCCAUACAGAAUGAACGUUCUCUUUUUCCUGUUGGGUGGAUUCAUACACAUCCUUCUCAAAGCUGUUUCAUGUCAUCAAUUGACCUCCACACUCACUUUUCAUACCAGGCAAUGGUACCUGAGGCAUUUGCCAUUGUCAUGGCUCCAACUGAUAAGUCAAGGAGCUAUGGAAUAUUCAGGUUAUCUGAACCAGGUGGCAUGCGUGUUCUGAAAGAGUGUGAAGAGUCAGGGUUUCAUCCUCAUGGAGAACCAGCAGAUGGGAGCCCCAUUUACGAGCACUGCACCAAUGUAUACACAAAUACUAAUCUGAGCAAAUAUGGGUUGAGGUAUCAAGACAUGAUACCAGGGAAUGCAGAUAUAUAUAUAUAUAUAUAUGAAUUGAAUCAGCGCUUUCCUUGAAUGGCGGUGUUUGUGGUUUCUGGCUGUCAUAAUAAUGAGUUCAUGACUGUUCAUGAAAUCAAGAGAUGAAUGCUUCCUCUUUAAUAUGUGUAUCUUGAUCAGAUUAUGCCCAGUGUUUUCCUGAUUUUAUUGACCUGCAGAAUAUGAAUAUAUAUUUUUUACUGGAUGACAAGACUUAUAUGCCACCUUCAAUGGGGGUGUCUUAUUCCAAAGUGUGUAUAAACUUAUAAAGCGUUCAAUCACAAACUACGUUUUGGUA